CUGCGCAUGCGCAGCUCUGGCCUCGUUCCCCCUCCGCUCCCACUUCCGCUGGCGGCCGUCCCAUCUCUCUCAACCGGAAGAGCGGUUGAAGGAGCUUCCGGGGUGGUCACGUGGGGACCAUCAUGGCUGCGCGUGGAACGUGAGCAGAGAGCCGUGACCCCGAGCUCCCGACAUGGUGACCGAGGAGGAGGUGGCCGCCAUCGGCCGCACGCUGCUGGAUGCUGCCCAGCCGCUUCCCGCCCGCUUCCGCGCCCUCUUCACCCUCCGCAACCUGGGCGGCCCCGCGGCCAUCGACUGCAUCGUGCGGGGCUUUGCGGACAGCUCGGCGCUGCUGAAACACGAGCUGGCUUUCUGCCUGGGCCAGAUGCGUGACCGUGCCGCCAUCCCCGCGCUGCUCGGCGUGCUGCAGGACAGCCGGCAGGAGCCCAUGGUCCGGCAUGAGGCAGGUGAGGCCCUGGGUGCCAUUGGGGAUCCCGAGGUGCUGGACAUCCUGAAGCACUACUCAGAGGAUCCUGUGGUGGAGGUGGCAGAGACGUGUCAGCUGGCCGUCAGGAGGCUGGAGUGGCUGCAGGAGCACGGGGAGGAGCCGGGCAGCAGCCCCUACCACUCGGUGGAUCCUGCUCCCCCCGCCGAGGAGACAGAUGUGGCCGCACUGCACGCAGUGCUCCUGGACGAGUCGCGCCCGCUGUUCGACCGCUACCGGGCCAUGUUUGCCCUGCGGAACCUGGGGGGCCGUGAUGCUGUGCUGGCACUGGCUGAUGGGCUCCGCGCUGGCAGCGCUCUCUUCCGCCACGAGAUCGGCUACGUGCUGGGCCAGAUGCAGGACGAAGCCUGCGUCCCACAGCUGACCGCCGCGCUGUGCAGCCGUGCUGAGAACCCCAUGGUGAGGCACGAGUGCGCCGAGGCGCUGGGCUCCAUCGCACGGCCCUCCUGCCUGGAGACCCUGCGUGCCUUCGCCCAGGACGAGGAGCGGGUGGUGCGGGAGAGCUGCGAGGUGGCUCUGGACAUGUACGAGUACGAGAACGGCCCACAGUUCCAGUAUGCGGAUGGGCUCUGCAGGCUGCAGGCCUGAGCCCAGCUGGGCCUCCUGCCCUCCUUCCCCCGGGCGCGCUUUCCCUGCCCGCCUCCGUCGGCGCGGAUCCG